AUAAUGAUGAUGAGCAAAUUUCUGAUGACUUUACUAUCUAUAAUGUUGAUGAUAACGAGAAUGAAGAUGAAAAUGAAAUUUUAAAUACUAAUCAAUGGGAUCAUAUUAUUCAAAAUUGGAUAAACAUGUUGGAUGAUGAAAAUCAUUUAACAAAUGGAGAGAGAAUUCAGGAAGAGCCAUUAUACUUUGAAUUGGUUGGUCUUUCUAUACAUCCGGCUGAUGAUCCACUUGCUAAAUAG